AUGGCGCCGAUGGAAGACUUAAAGAGCAAACGCAAAGGACUGCGUGCCCGUUGCACGAGGGCUAUCAACCGCCUUAAAGAGAACAUCGAUAAGGACACGAUUUCGCUGCUGAGACUUGAGCGAGAACUGGAUGCCCUUGCAGCGGACUUUAGACAGGCAUGUGACAUCAAUACUGAUAUGAUUUCGCUGGUGGAGGAAGAUUCGACGGAUGCUGAUGCAUUUGUUCAUUGGGAGGCGGAACUGAUUGAGGUGUAUUACAACUUUAUUGAUGAAGCCGCUGCCCAUCAAUCGAAGCUGACCAAAGCUCGGCCACCUUCCCCCACAGCUUCUACUAGUGGGCCUGCAUCCGGUGCUGCUGUCAUCACGUCGCCCCCUGCUGGACUGGUUCCUGUGUCAUUGCCGCCAGUCACUGCUGUCAUCACGUCGCCCCCUGCUGGACUGGUUCCUGUGUCGCUGCCAAGCGGUACUACUGCUGCUGCUGCCACGACGGCCCCUCCUGGGCUGUUUUCCGCCUCGCUGCCGACUGUUCCUGCUACGUUGCCACCUGGUUUUGGUCCGCCACCCGGCUUGUCCCCAGUGAUGACUGCUGCUGGUCCAUUGUCGCUGUCAAGUACACCGUCCAUUGGUGUACCGCUUGCCAGCCCGUCUUCGAUUCGGUCUGGUGUUCGACUCUCUGCCGGAGUCGCGUUGGAUCCAGAGCCCACCUUCGACCGGUGGAUCGAUGAACUGGUGGAGUUUCAAGAGACGGUAUUGCCCGGUGGUGUCAGUGGUGAAUUGACUAUAGCGUCUGCCCUCUAUCGCAUAGAGGCGGGUAGAGACAUUCCUACAUUAAAGAUAAAAUCGUUCAGCGGUAAAGCGAUCGAUUAUGUAGACUUUAUCGAUAGCUUUAAACUACACAUUCAUGAGAAACCACAUCUCAAAGAUGAUGCCCGUCUUGCGCAAUUGAGAAUGCAUCUCUCUGGUGAUGCUGAACGUUUGAUAGCUGGUUUAGGAUGUGCAGGUGUGAUGUAUGCAACCGCGUUGAAACAACUUAAGGACCAAUUUGGGGCCCGCAGUGUAGUUGCUCGUGCCUUUAUUGAUAGAAUUGCAAGGGGUAAAAAGAUUGAUAAUUCUAGAGAUGCACUUCGUGAUUUCUCCAUUGAUGUUAUUAAUGUCAUCGCAGGUCUGCAGCGCCUCCAGUACUUCGCUGAUGUGAACGCCGUUGCAACUCUACGCCGCAUCGUCCAGCGUCUCCCUGAUUACCUCAUUGACAAGUGGCAGGACACAGCCGCCCAUAUUCGCGAGCGUGACCCUAUACGCGCGCCAUCAAUAACCGAUCUGUCCGAUUUCCUACGCAAGAAAGUCAGGGCAAAGUGCGACCCAGACUUUGGGGAUCUCCGCUCCACUGACAAGGGUGUUGCUGGUAGUAAGUAUGAAAAGCAAGGUACCGGUAGUCGCUCCUUUGCUGCGCAGGCUGUCAAGUAUAAGUGUUACAUCUGCUCUGAGCCACACAAGGUGCCUGAGUGCCCCACAUUUGUCAGUAAUUCAGUCUCAGAACGUCACAAUCUUGUCAAGACACAUAAUCUGUGUUUUUCAUGUCUUGUCAGGGGUCAUCGAUCUAAAGACUGCAGGUCGAAGAGGAAAUGUGGGAAAGCUGGAUGCACUAGGUGGCAUCAUGUGAUGCUACAUGUUGACUCUCCACCUCCGAUUGUCCAGUCUGCUCCUUUUUCAGGUUCUGCCACAGCGGCUAUUGACAAAAAUGGUAUUCUGCCUGUAGUUAGGGUGUUGUUUAGGGCUGAGAAUGGUAGGAUCAGGCAGGGGAAUGUCUUGGUUGAUUCAGGGUCAACGACCAACAUUAUCCGGAGGGAUUUUGCAAGAGGUUUGGGCCUCCAGGGCAAGAACGAGCCCAUUGAAGUUCAAGUUGUUGGUGGGUCACAGCAGGGCCAGCAGGAUAGUCGUAGACUAAAGUUCUGGAUUUCCCAUUUGGAUGGAGGGGAGGAGCACUUAGUUGAGGCUCAUGAGAUGGAUUGCACAGUAUCUGAGGUCUCACCUUUGAACAUGGAAUAUUUGCAUUCAUUUUCUCAUCUCAGGGAUUUGAACAUCUCCCACCCUGGUGGUCCAGUCGACCUAAUAUUGGGGGUUCAGUACAGUCAUCUCCACUCAGAGGAAGAGGUCAGGCGUGGAUUGGAUUUUGAGCCCAUAGCCAAGCGCAUCCCACUGGGUUGGUAUGUAAUCGGUUCUGAGGGGAAGGCCCCUAAGCGGCUGUCUGUGAAUCUGGUUAGGAAGGUCGAUAUGUCUGACUUGUAUGAUCUGGAGGUGCUUGGGGUCAGAGCCCCAACUUGUCAAUGCCCUGUUGAUCCCAUGUCCUCAGAGGACAGGAAGUCUCUAGCGCUGUUGGAGAGAUCUGUGAGUCUGGAGGGGGACCGAUACAUGAUCGGUUUACCCUGGAAGAGAGAUCCCUGUCUCUUGCCUGACAAUUAUUGCCUGACCAAGAAGAGGCUAAUCUCUUUGGAAAGGAGUCUGUCUCGUACUCCAGAGAAGGCUUUGCUUUAUGAUGCCGCCGUCGAGGAGUAUGUCGACAAGGGAUGGGCCGUAAGGGUUGACCCCUGUGAUCUUGAGAAGAGGCCUAGGUUUUAUCUGCCGCAUCAUGGCAUAUACCGUCCUGAUAAACUCAGCACACCCCUAAGAGUAGUCUUUGACCCAGCUUGUCAGUUCCAGGGUGUCUCCUUAAAUUCUUUUCUAUAUAAGGGCCCAAAUUUGAUUGGAAACUUGUUUGGAGUAUUGCUUAGGUUCAGGGAGGACUUAGUUGCUAUUGUGGGUGACAUCUCUAAAAUGUUCCUUCAGAUUUUGUUGAAGCCUGAGGAUACCGAGGUGCAUCGUUUUCUGUGGCGAAACCGGGAUGACACAAGAGACCCUGAAAUCUUCAAGCUGACCAGAGUUGCAUUUGGUGAUCGAUCAUCCCCUGACAUGGCGAGCCUAGUGAUGUUGAAGAUAGCUGAGCGCCACAAGACGUCUCAUCCGGAGGCUGCCCAGGUCCUAGAAGAAGAUCGAUACGUGGACGACCUGAUACAUUCCUGUGGAAAGACAGACGUUGCCCGAGGCAAGAUGAGUGAUCUUGAUGAAAUCCUAGCGACAGGGAGCUUCAGAGUCAAGGAGUGGUACAUUUCUCGUGGUAUCGGUAAACCUGAAGGUCAGCCAGCUAGUGUGCAUAGUGGUGAGUCUAUUAGUCUUGGAGGUAGCGGUAACGAUAGUGUCAAGACCCUUGGGGUCUCUUGGGAUCAUAGCACUGAUUUUAUUCAUUUCAAGGUGAAGGAUCCACCUGACUCGUCUUUGACUAAGAGGUCUGUAUUGUCUCAUCUGUCAACUCUCUUUGAUCCACUUGGUCUUGCUACCCCAGUCACAAUCACUGCCAAAAUUGCCAUGCAGGACAUUUGGAGACUCAAGGACUUUGGUUGGGACACUGGUCUGCCCCCCGACCAGGUUCAGCGAUGGAAUGAGAUUUUCUCCAGUUUCAAACAACUUGAGACAGUGUCUGUCCCUAGGUCAGUUAAACCAGACGACGCAUUUGGAAUUCCCCAACUUCAUGUUUUCGGGGAUGCCAGCAUUCAUGCAUAUGGGGCUGUUGCCUACAUGCUGUGGCCAACAGCUGAUGGUAUUAGCGUCCGCCUGUUCUCGUCUAAGGCUAGGGUGGCCCCACUCCACCAAACCACAAUUCCGCGCCUUGAGCUGAUGGCAGCUCUCAUUGCCUCACGUCUGGCUAAGACUAUUCAUUCUGAGCUGCGUACCAAGCCUGAGGUCCACUUGUGGUCUGAUUCUGAGAUUGUCCUCCACUGGGUCAAGUCUGACUCUCUCUCCUUGAAGCAAUUUGUUGGGGUAAGAGUUGCUGAAAUUCAGGCAACCUGGGAUCCCUCAGUUUGGAAGUUUGUCCCAACAGCCCAGAAUCCUGCGGAUGAUCUCACCAGGGGAUUGACACCAGAAGAGAUGGCCGGUCGCUGGAUUGAGGGGCCAGAGUUUCUGAGGAAAGGAGAGACACAUUGGCCAGCUCAGCCGUCGAAGAUUGCUGAAAGGGAUUGUGAGAAGAGACCGGAAAGACAACCCCCCAAUAUGUCUGCAUCAGAUGUGAAGAUUGUUCCACCAAUCAAGUGUGAAGACUAUUCAAGUUGGCCUAGACUUAUCAAUGUGACAGCAUUGUGCCUCCGCUUCUUUGGUAAUCUGAGGGCCAGGGCAAGAAAGGAGGAUAUAAAGACCGGAGAGCUUGAACCAGGAGAACGAGAAAGAGCUGAAAGGUACUGGGUUUCUACUGCGCAGAGAGGGCUCAUUGAUUGGGAAACUCGUUGCAAGGAUCUGGCUCCCUUUGAGGACAAUCAGGGUUUGCUCAGGGUAGGAGGUCGUCUUCGCAAGUCUCCGCUGUCCUAUGAUGAAAAUCAUCCUUUUCUCCUCCCAGCAUCUUGCCACAUUUCCAGAUUGUUGAUGAGAAAUGUCCACUGGAAAAAUGGACAUUGCGGGUCUGAAAGUACUCUCUGCCAUGGCCGGAGAAAGUACUGGUUUCUGAGAGGUCGGAAUUUGGCACGUCAGAUUGUUAGAGAUUGUGUGGUGUGUAGGAAAUUGCGCAAGUCUCCACUGGUCCCUUGGAUGGCUGACCUACCCAGUGAGCGUCUUGCAUUGUUUGCUCCAGUCUACAGUACUACAGGCCUUGAUCUGUUUGGUCCAUUCUUCCUCAAAUGUGGUAGAAAUAAGAGCACGAAGGCUUGGGGAGCCAUCUUCACCUGUGGUACUGUAAGGGCAGUACAUCUUGAGAUUGUGGAAAAUUUGUCCACUCAGGCAUUUCUCCAUGCCUUCAGGAGAUUUGUCUCGCAUCAUGGAUGGCCGUCAACUAUCAUCUCAGACAAUGGUAGCUCCUUUAUCAGCACGGAGAAGGAGCUAAGAAAACUUGUACAGGAAGGGCGAGAGCAAAUUCAAAGGUUUGCCGUCCUCCACCAAGUCAAGUGGCGUUUUAUAACCCCUCUAAGUCCAAACCAGGGAGGAUUUUAUGAAUCACUUGUAAAAUUGGUCAAGAAAGGUCUCAAGUUAGUUGUUGGACAACAAACCCUCACGUGGAAUGAAAUGUCCACAGUAUUCGCGGAGGUCCAGAAUCUGGUCAACUCCAGGCCAUUGGGUUAUAGUUCAAAUGAUCCCAAUGAUUUACAGCCCUUAACGCCCAACCACUUUCUUCUUGGAAGAGCAUCGGCUGAAACGCCACAAGGUCCAUUCAACCCAACCAAAAAUCUCCACAAGAGAUUUGAAUUUACCCAGAGUUUGGUAAAUCAGUUUUGGACACGGUUUGUUCGGGAAUAUUUGCCCACAUUGCAAAGAAGGUCUAAGUGGCUUCGGAAGGACAGAGAGGUUCAGGUUGGUGACAUUGUCCUUUUGGUUGAUCCAAGUGCAGUGCGCGGUCAAUGGGAGCUAGGUCGAAUCGAAGAAGUAUUCCCUGGAGACGACGGUGUCAUCCGCAAUGUUCGCGUCAAAGUCAAGACCGGUUUCAGGAAUCGUUCAAUUCAGAGAUGUGUUCCUAUCCUAGAGUGUGAUGGUGAGGACAGUGAUUUCGUUGGAAGUGUACUACGACUUGACGCCGCUGACCGCCGGCGAACUCCACUCGACGCCAGGUAUCAAACUGGUUUGAGUUUGGACUCCGGUAAACGCCAGCCAGGUGUGCUACCGAUUCAGCGGCGGCGAGUGGAGGUGUUUGGCGGCGAGCGGCGUUCAGUCGAACUCCUCUGGACGACAGAGUUGGAGUCGGGUGUGCUGCAAGCUUAA